CUCGCCAUGCAGCGGCGCGGCGCGGGGCUCGGGUGGCCACGGCGGCAGCAGCAGCAACAACCCCUGCCGCUCGCGGCCGGUCCCCGGGCCGCAGCCAUGGCCCCCCCGAGCGGCGGCGUCCCCCCGGGCCUCGGCGGGCGCUCUGCCUGCGCGCUGCUCCUGCUCUGCUACCUGAAUUUUGUACCAUCUUUGGGUAGGCAGACUUCGCUGACGACGUCAGUGAUACCCAGAGCUGAGCAGAGCGUGGCUUACAAAGACUUUAUUUAUUUCACUGUCUUUGAAGGAAAUGUUCGCAACGUUUCUGAAGUCUCGGUGGAGUAUUUAUGCUCUCAGCCUUGUGUUGUCAAUUUGGAAGCAGUGGUUUCAUCUGAGUUCAGAAGUAGCAUUCCCGUGUACAAAAAAAGGUGGAAGAAUGAGAAACAUCUUCACACCAGCAGGACACAAAUAGUACAUGUGAAAUUUCCAAGCAUCAUGGUUUAUAGAGAUGAUUAUUUCAUCAGACACUCCAUUUCGGUAUCUGUGGUGAUACUACGCGCCUGGAUUACUCACCGAUAUAGCGGUGGAGACUUGAAUGUUAAACGGGAGGAAAACUUGCUACACGCUGUAGCGAAGAAUUAUACCCUGCUGAAGGCCAUCCCACCUUUUGAACGCCCUUUCAAAGAUCAUCAGGUGUGCCUUGAGUGGAACAUGGGUUACAUUUGGAACCUUCGAGCAAACAAGAUUCCCCAGUGUCCUCUCGAGAAUGAUGUGGUCACCCUCCUGGGCUUUCUCUUUGCCUCCAGUGGAGAAAACACAGGCAUUGUGAAGAAGUUCCCAAGAUUUCGGAAUCGAGAGCUAGAGGCCACCCGACGCCAGCGGAUAGAUUACCCAGUGUUUACUGUUUCACUGUGGCUUUAUUUACUCCAUUAUUGCAAGGCCAAUCUCUGUGGGAUUCUGUAUUUUGUUGAUUCUAAUGAGAUGUACGGCACGCCUUCUGUAUUUCUUACUGAAGAGGGCCACUUGCAUAUUCAAAUGCAUCUUGUCAAAGGAGAAGACCUUGCUGUAAAAACAAAAUUCACCAUACCCUUGAAGGAGUGGUUUCGCCUGGAUAUCUCUUUUAAUGGUGGCCAGAUAGUAGUAACCACCAGCACUGGACAGGAUUUGAAAGACUACCAUAAUCAGACCAUUAGCUUCCGAGAGGAUUUCCAUUAUAAUGACACUGCUGGGUACUUCAUUAUUGGAGGGAGCAGGUAUGUGGCCGGCAUUGAAGGGUUUUUUGGACCCCUGAAGUACUAUCGCCUCCAUGCUCUGCAUCCUGCACAGAUUUUCAAUCCCCUACUUGAGAAGCAACUUGCUGAACAUAUCAAGUUAUAUUAUGAAAGGUGUGCAGAGGUUCAAGAAAUAGUAUCUGUGUACACAUCCAUGGUACAGCAGGGGGACAGGAGGCAAGAAACAUGCGACCUCCGGAAUUCCUACCUGGACCUGAAGCUCAGGUACGGGCGGCCCUCGAUGUGCAGAGCCCUCCUCUGGGAGAAGGAGCUGAAAGCCAAGCACCAAAGCUUGGUCCAGGCCUUGCUGGAGAUGGGUUCGGUGACAGCCUCUCCUCACACAUACAGCCAACUCUACUGCCAGGCUGCUGCACGUGCACGCUUCAGACGGCAGCGUUUUCCCCUGACACUGUGUGAUUUUAGAUGGAUCAUCUGCUCUCCCUCUGAGCCAACGACGUACUUCAAAGGAGCUAUGAGAACGGUGCGGGGAGUGCAGAGUCGGAACCUCACAACCAGUAGGAGUGUCCUCUGCAUUCUGCCCGUGCCGAGGAACCAAAGUGAAUCCGUAUUAGAAAUUGGCGGGUGGAUAUUCGAGAAGGCUGUAAAGAGACUUUCCAUCGUUGAUGGUCUUCACCAGAUUAGCUCUGUCGUCCCCUUUCUGAUGGAUGCCAGCUGCUGUGGAUACCAUAAAGCAUCCUACUACCUCGCAGUCUUUUAUGAAACUGGAUUAAAUGUACCUCGGGAUCAGCUGCAGGGCAUGUUGUAUAGUUUGGUUGGAGGCCAGGGCAGUGAGAGGCUGUCUUCGAUGAACCUUGGGUACAAACACUACCAGGGUAUUGAUCACUACCCCCUGGACUGGGAGUUGUCCUAUGCCUACUACAGCAACAUUGCCACCAAGACACCCCUUGACCAGCACACGCUACAAGGAGAUCAGGCAUACGUUGAGACAAUUAGACUAAAAGAUGAUGAAAUUCUCAAGGUACAAACCAAAGAAGAUGGAGACGUCUUCAUGUGGCUGAAGCAUGAAGCUACUCGAGGCAAUGCGGCAGCUCAGCAACGGUUGGCCCAGAUGCUGUUCUGGGGCCAGCAAGGCGUGGCCAAGAACCCGGAAGCGGCUAUUGAGUGGUACGCCAAGGGUGCCCUGGAGACUGAGGACCCCGCGUUAAUAUACGACUAUGCCAUCGUGUUAUUUAAGGGUCAAGGAGUAAAAAAGAACAGACGGCUUGCCUUAGAGCUGAUGAAGAAAGCAGCUUCCAAGGGAUUGCAUCAGGCGGUCAAUGGCCUGGGAUGGUAUUACCACAAAUUCAAGAAAAAUUAUGCCAAAGCGGCUAAGUACUGGUUAAAAGCAGAAGAAAUGGGGAACCCAGAUGCAUCAUACAAUCUUGGAGUCCUGUACUUGGAUGGCAUUUUCCCAGGAGUUCCUGGAAGGAAUCAAACAUUAGCUGGUGAAUAUUUCCAUAAGGCUGCACAAGGCGGACACAUAGAAGGAACCUUGUGGUGUUCUCUCUACUAUAUCACAGGGAACCUGGAGACAUUCCCUCGAGAUCCCGAGAAGGCCGUUGUAUGGACAAAGCACGUAGCCGAGAAAAAUGGCUACUUGGGCCACGUCAUUCGCAGAGGCCUUAACGCCUACCUGGAGGGCUCGUGGCACGAAGCUUUGCUGUAUUAUGUUUUAGCAGCAGAAACUGGAAUUGAAGUGUCACAGACAAAUUUAGCUCACAUCUGUGAGGAGAGGCCAGACCUGGCCAAGAGGUACUUGGAUGUUAAUUGUGUUUGGAGAUACUAUAAUUUCUCUGUUUUUCAAAUCGAUGCUCCUUCUUUUGCGUAUUUGAAAAUGGGAGACCUUUACUACUAUGGCCACCAAAACCAAUCACAAGACCUUGAGUUGUCUGUGCAGAUGUAUGCCCAAGCAGCGCUGGAUGGAGACUCACAGGGAUUUUUUAACCUGGCCCUGCUAAUUGAGGAAGGUGCUAUAAUCCCACAUCAUAUUCUGGAUUUCUUGGAAAUUGACCCGACUAUCCAUUCUAAUAACAUCUCCAUCCUCCAAGAACUGUACGAAAGGUGCUGGAGCCACAGCAGCGAGGAGUCCUUCAGUCCCUGCUCCCUGGCCUGGCUUUACCUUAACCUCCGGCUUAUCUGGGGUGCCACCCUGCACUCUGCCCUGAUCUACUUUCUGGGAACCUUCCUGCUGUCUGCAUUGAUCGCCUGGACCGUGCAGUAUUGCCAGUCUGUCUCAGCCAGCGGUUCCCGUCCGACACCAGCCCGGGCCCCCCCAGACCCUCCUGCCCCCACUGCAAGUCCAGCUGUGACUCCAGCUGCAGAUGCCUCUGCUCAGGACCAGCCCACCGUCACCAAUAACCUGGAGCCACGUGGGUGAACUGUGCACUCCAUGUCUCUCCAGAUGAGAGAGAAUCCUUUCAACAGCUGGUAUUGGAUAGCUGGGGCUGGGGCAUUAUACACCUUAAAUGUCUUGUCAACUGGAUGUGAAUUUUGCACUUGGUGUCUUUUUUUUUUUUUCUUUAAAUCAAAGAAAUACCCAGAGCAGACAGUGGUUAUACCAAAGGUUAUCAAACAAAUACAAGGAGCAUCCUGAUCACAGGGACAUGUCGGGGAGGUUAAGUGGGUCAUUGCGGAUGUCCAUUUCCAAUGACUGUGUGUAUGGGGGAGUCAGAGUGUGCCUUGUGGUGUAUCCGAAUCCUUAUACACUGAGAUGUAUUUUAAGAAUCUUAGCCCCUUGUUCAUUCCCUUUUAUUAAAAAACAGAAAAUUGUGACUUCUCUACCAGUUAGAUAAUAUUUGGUGUGUGUGUUUGCCACUGCCCUACCCCUCACAGUCCCAUGGACAGAUUUCCAUGUGACAUCCAAGACCCAGCAAUUCUAAGGCACAUUGAAGUAAAUGGGUUAAGGCUGGAAAUACAGGGAAGGCGAUGGCUUUGUAAAUUGGGUUUACGUUUUUCUCCUUGAAUUUUUCUAGGGCUGUAGUGCUUCCGAAUCAUUUAAUGACACUGUUGGAUAUCAUUUACCGUUCACUUGCAAUCCAUAAAAUAACAUUUAGAAAAUUCUUCGUAUUUAAGUCUAGUCUUUUCCACGAAUUACCCAUUAGAAUAGACUGGCAGCGGUGAAGUACGCAGGAAACAAGCCUCUAACUCAUAGUCUCAUUCCCCACCCUUUAUUCCUGCCUGCGGCUGCAUAGAGAUGUGUGUG